AUGGUAUUUUUACAGGUGGGGUUCUACACCAUCACCAUCCUGGCGGCCUGCAAAGUGCUUCUCGUCAGUGUCGAGAUCUACGUCACAAUCCGGAAGCCCAAGGCUAUAUUCCUAGCCUACUUCGGGUACGCCUCCGCCUUCCUGGCUCUCGUCCUCGGCUGCAUAUCGUUCGCGGGCGUGCGCGCGAAGCAGGCGGACGAGCCCGAGCAGUGCGAAAAUGCAGACGCGGAUAUAGUAGGGGACGGGGUGCGGGCGGCCGCCUGGACGCAGGUGGGUAUACUGUUUUUCAUCACGCUCACGGGCAUCUUCCACUACUACAAGACGGCGGUAAAAGAGAUCGGUGGCGGCUUGAUCAUCACCCACGUGUCAUUAGCUAUUGCCCUCCUUGUCCCCUUGGCGCGUCAUGAACUAUCUCCUAUCGAUGCCAUAUUAGGGUCGUUGAUUCUCGACGCCCAGGGGAACUCCCUCUCCAUUCAAUUGGUCACCAAGGAGACUCUAGCAGCGCGGUGGCAAGUAGGCAUCGUUCUGCUUGCGCAGGUGCUCGGACUAGUCAUAGAAGGCGUCCUCGUCGGGAGCUACACUACCAACCUGCUGCGUACCACGGACUGCAACUGCUUCUCGGUCUUCUGGUGGGCAUGGUUCAGCAACUGCGCGUCGGUCUCGCCGAACGAGAUCGAGCCCUUUUGGAUUUACUUUGGCUAUCGCUUCAUCAACAUCUUCCACGUCUCCUUCUACGCCAUCACGCGCGCCAAAACCUUCGACGACGCCGACAAGUGGGACAGGGAAAACCCGUGCGACCCAUGUGAUCGCUGCCGUGGCGGGCGCGCUAAUGUCUUCUGUCGAUGUCACCCCUGCGAGCAGUGUCGCUAUUGCAGGGUGUGUAAGAGACGGGCUCGCUGUCACGCACACCAGUCCAUUCCUCCCAUACAGAACCCCUUUAACAGCGCCAUCGUGCGCUGGAACGAAAAGAUCUGCAGGGAUUGCAACUCGUGUAAGACGUGUGGACAUAGCGAUCUGGACGGGGGUUACUCGGUACUAUUACUGGGCGAGCGGUUCUCCGAAGCCCCAGUCACAGUCAGCGCCAACUUUCUGGAGAGUAGCGUGUUGGCACUGCUAAGCAUGGUCUCAGCUGAGGUCACAAUGAGCGUGAACAUGGUGCAAAAGACAUCUCCGUUAUACGCAGUUGGGCAAGUCACCGCCCUAAUAAUUGCUGGGGGGACAGCUGCUCGGGCUCUUUGGGUCUUUGUGUAUAUGUUUGAUGGAAAAUCUCAUUCUGGAUAUGAUAAUAAAUAA